UUUGGCGCGUUUUCUGGAGAGACAUUUGACACUGCGCUGAUUGCACUUCUCUGUGUAUUUACUUAUAAAAAUCUUUUUUUGGUGUUUCUGUAUUCAAAAACAAUGGCAACGAAACUCAACAGAAGAAAAACAUCAAUAAAAAGCGGUGAAGAUGAAGACUUACCUACCCCAUCUAAAGUACUUUCGGAACGCGAUCGCCGCUCGUUAAGCCGCAGUAAAAGUCGUGAAAAUGAUAAUAGUGUAAACGAUGAUAUAUCAUCUCCAGAAGUUGCUGUAACAAAGUUCAACCAAAGAAGAAUAUCACUUAAAAGUAGUGAAGACGAAGACCCCAAAACACCGACCAAAGUUAUAAGAUCGCAAAAUGCACGUCGUUCGGCAAACCGCAGCAAAAGUCGUGAAAAUAGUGAGAGUGUGAAAGACGUUGCACUACGAUCUUCAAAAGUUGUUAUAGCUAAGCUUAACACCAGGCUCUCAAGUAGAAAAACUCCGCUCAAAAGUAACGAAGACGAAGAUCCAAAAACUCCAUCCAAGCCGAAGAACCCAAGAAGAACACCACUCAAAGGUAAUGAAGACGAAGAUCCAAAAACUCCAACCAAAAAUCUUUCGGAAUGUACUCGUCGCUCGUUAAGCCGUAGCAAAAGUAUCGAAAAUAAUGAUAGUACAAACGAUGAUGCACCAUCUCCACAAGUUCCUGCAACAAGACGUUCUGCCCGGAUUUCAGUGAAACGGUCUAAACUACAAACCAUUGAUGACUUAGAGGAUGGCGAGAAUUCCGAUGUUAAAUCGAUCACUGAUGACGGAUGGGAAUAUGAUAUACCACCGAAGAACUUCUUUAACGAAAAUCCAGAUGAUCAUGUACACUGUCACGCAUUCAAGACUCCGAAAAAGAAGGACGGCAUGGUUACGUUGGCUUAUAACACUCCUAAGCGGAUAACUGAGUUAAAAUCCUUCGGUACACCAAAGACCCCGAAAACUCCUAAAACACCAAAAGGUUUAACAACACCCAGAACUCCAAAAACGCCAAAGUCGUCCAGAAAAGUAAUUGAACCUAAGACUCCCAGCAAUUUGCGAGCCAAGCUACAGAAAGGAUUGAGAAAACGAUGCAACGAAGCCGUUGAAGACGAAGAUUUUUUAGACUUUGAAGAUUCCGGUGAUGAUUAUCAACCGUCUGAGUCAUCGGAUACUGAUGUCGAGGCUAACGACAUCGAUUCCAGCUCUUCUGAAGACGAAUCUAAUGAAAUUAAGCCAAUCGUGACGACCAUUCAAAAGACAUUGUCGGGUCGUACCACAAGAUUUUCCACUAGAAAACAUCAAGACCUUGUGUUCGAAAGCGAUAAAUAUUUCGGUCACACAAACCGAAAGAAUGCCACAUCGGAUAACACAUUGGACCGCUUGAAGACUCCGCGUCUGCAGCACGAGGACAUGUUCAAACUGCUAGCCAGCCACGAAAUCAGUCAGAGUCAUCAGAAUUGUAUGCGAGACCUGCAGAGCCAUUACAAAACCUUUUUUCCCAAAUGGAUGUUCAUAUUGAGGGAAGGGUUCAGCAUUCUGUUGCACGGACUCGGAUCGAAGAGAAACAUUUUGGAGACGCUGCACCGAAGUGUUUUGUCACAUGAAAAUGUCCUGGUGGUGAAUGGCUACUUUCCCAGCUUGACGGUAAAGGAUAUUUUGGAUGAUAUCGUCUCCGGGCUGUUAGAGACAACCUGCAAAAGCAAAAAUUUACAUGAAAUCGUUGAUGCCAUCGAAGAGGAAAUGGAUCAGACCCCGGACUAUCACAUCUUUCUGAUUGUUCACAAUUUGGAUGGAUCUAUGUUGAGAAAUGACAUGGCCCAAAAUAUACUAAGUCGGUUGGCACACAUUCCAAAUGUGCAUUUGAUUGCUUCGAUCGAUCACAUCAAUGCACCGAAUCUUUGGGACAACAUUCAACUAAGCAACUACAAUUUCUCAUGGUGGGACGUAACAUCGUUCUUACCGUACACCGACGAAACAUCGGUUGCAGAAAAUUCGAUGCUUUUGAAAAAUUCCGGAGCACUGACCAUUGCAUCCAUGAAGAGUGUUCUGCUUUCACUAACACAAAAUGCGCGUGGUAUCUACAUGUUAAUCGUCGAAAAUCAAUUGGCAUCCAACAAAACAACCAAUUAUCAAGGAAUGCCAUUCAAGAAUCUGUACAAAAAGUGCUUGGAAGCUUUUCUGGUGAGCUCGGACAUUGUGCUGCGGACUCAGUUGACUGAAUUUUGUGAUCACAAUCUGUUAAAACUGAAACGAACUGCUGAUGGUACGGAACAAUUGAAGAUACCAAUUGACAACAUUUUACUGCAACAAUUUGUUGAGCAAUACAGUAAUUGGCAGCUGGAAAAUUAAUCGAAAUUUUGAUAAUUGCUUUGACUUGACGAAAAUAUAAAAAAAAUCGA